GAAGGCACGCCGGUCGGGGUCGUGUCCCGUGGCGGUAUGGAGGCGGAAAAAAAAAAAAAAAAAGAAAAAAAAAGAAAAAAGAAAGAAAAUAAAAGAAAAAUAAAAGAAAAAUCUCUUCUUUACCCCCACAAAAACGUGAUUUAAUUCUGACAAGAAUAAGCCGUCGAAAGACUAUCGCAAAAAAAAGGAGUUAUGAAAACAUUUACGGCCUGUGUACCUGAAGAAGGAAACCCGGUAACGCCAGGAGCGAGCGCUGCUUGGCGGCGCGGAGCCGGGGUGGCGGGGGAGCCCCGGCAGCGUCUCUGCUCCCCGGAGCCAGGCCCGGCGCUGCCCCUCAGCCUUCCGCCGUCACUUCCUCGGCUCCAGCCCACAGAAAGGGGCUGCGUGGCGCUGCCCAGCAGAGCCCGACCAGCACCCCCCGGGGGGCACCGAUUCGGGGAUUUUAGGCCUGGAAGGAAGCUCUCGUGACGGCCUGACCUAAUCUUUGAUGCUCGGAAUUUUCUCAACACUUCUCACCUCUGUCAAAAAACAUUAUCCCGCUUUAAAUCUACAAAAGGCGAAACUGCACCACCUUUCUACCUUUUUAGAAUGGGGAACAGUCUGCCUACUUCUGUAAGAUUGUCUAAUGAUGCUGCUGUGAAUCAAAUACAGGAGAUUAUUUCAGACAACUGUGUGGUGAUUUUCUCUAAAACAACAUGUGGCUACUGCAAAAUGGCAAAAAAUCUUUUUGAGGGUAUGAAUGUAAAUUAUACAGCUGUAGAACUGGACAUGAAUGCAAAUGGAAGUCAGUUCCAAGACAUUCUUGAACAGAUGACUGGCGGCAGAACAGUCCCAAGAGUGUUUGUCAAUGGGACUUUUGUUGGAGGUGCUACAGAUACUCAAAGGCUUCAUGAGGAAGGCAAACUGCUUCCAUUAGUUCAUCAAUGUCAAGUGAAAAGAAAAUCCUGAACAGCUAUCUAGCUUAGCUUAGUCUUCCUUUCUAUAAAUGGAAUUUCAGACAAGUUAGAUCAUCACGGAGAUACACUGCAUCAGCAGGACUCGACAGCUUCAAGCCACGGAUUCCUGAAUCAGAGAUUGUUCACUGACACAGACUCUAGGACUCAGCAAAUGAUCUUGAGUCCCUGCCUCAGCUUUACAACCAAAAUGGUGAUAAAACACAUGUAACUUGCGGCUCAAAGUGUGCGAUAGUGAUGUCAUUGUAUUGCUACUACAUCCUGAUCCUACACUUCAGAGAAGUAAGACUGUACAAGAAUCCUGUCUGUUUUUCUGCUGCAAAUUAGUUUGCUUGCUCGCUUUGUUCCAAUAGUUACAGUAAAUGGUCAGUUUAAUGUAAUGAUUCCUUUAAUUAUUUUCUGAAUGUCAAAUUGUAAUCAUGAAGAAAACGUGAAGCACAACGCGUCUGUAGCGAUAUUGCUGUCUGCAUGUCUGCCUCUCUUGCAUCUUGGUGUCUGAUCACCUAGCUACCGAACUGCACAUCCAAGUUGCUACCAAAAAGGGAAUAAAGAUUCUUGCAGCUUUCAUCUUUAUGCUGCACUAUGAA